ACUCUUCCGACUCCUCUCUCCCCUUCGUCGAUCUCGUCGUUCUCUCUCCCCUCCUUUCCUCCGUUCCUCUCUUCCCUUUCUCCCCUCCGGCCGGCGAUCUCCUCCUCUCCGUUCUCUAUCCUCUUCUCCCUGGCGGUGAGGAUUCAGUGGCGUGUAAAGACGAUAUUGGCAUCAUUUUUAUGGAAAUCCUUAUUGGAUUUUGAAAGUUACUGCUAAGUACAAACUAUCUUAAGGCAACAAGAACGGCAAAGAAAUGUUCUCAUUGUUCUAUGGACUCUGGAAAUAUCUCUUCAGCAAGACAGAGUUCCAUGUUCUUAUUCUUGGAAUUGACAAAGCUGGAAAAACUACUUUGUUGGAGAAGUUAAAGUCAUUGUAUUCAAACUUGGAAGGGCUCCCACCUGACCGGAUUGUUCCAACAGUCGGAUUGAACAUUGGUCGUAUUGAAGCUUCAGAUGCAAAACUUGUGUUUUGGGACUUAGGAGGUCAGAUUGGUCUGCGAACAAUCUGGGAAAAAUAUUAUGAGGAGGCACAUGCUAUAGUCUAUGUUAUUGAUGCUGCUUGUCCAUCAUCAUUUGAACAUUCCAAGUCUGCAUUAGAAAAAGUACUUCGACAUGAGGAUUUACGAGGGGCACCACUUCUGAUACUAGCCAACAAGCAGGAUCUUCCUGGAUCUGUGUCUGUUGAAGAACUGGCUAGAUAUUUGGAUCUCAAAGAGUUGGAUGAAAGGCUGUACAUGUUUGAAGCUGUAUCUGCAUAUGAUGGGAUGGGGAUUAAACUUGCGAUCGAGUGGUUAGUGGAGGUUAUGGAAAGAAGUAAACGUACUGAGUUGUUAAGAAUACGAACAGGUGCAGCUGGGCAUGCUUAGCAACAUCCUUGCCUCAACUAAUGUCAGCAAGCAUCCAAAUUGAAGCAUUUGCUAUGGAGAUUGUUUGUACUAGUCUGGAGAUGUAAUUUUGUGAUCUCAAGCUUAUCUUCAACACAAGCUGCAUUCAGUUGGCUUCAUUUUGUAGUCCUGGUUGAUAAAAUUACGGUAGCCAUUACAGUUCAGCAUUAUCUUGUGUAGCCUGAUGUGUUUGAUGUGAAGGUGAUUCUCAAAUCAUUUUGCCACUUGGCACAUAUUUUGUUUGCCCUUUGUUAUAUGUGACAGCUUAUUGAAUAGCAUCAAAUACAUGAUAAAGCCAAUAGGAAUUCCAAGUUGCUUUAAAGGCUUUUUGAA